UAGACAUUGUUAGAUUAUUGCUGAAAGCUGGAGCUGACAAAGAUGCACCUAUGGCUAUGUAUGGGACGACGGCCUUGCACUUUGCGGCUGAGAUUGGCCACUUGGCAGUUGUGAAGUUGUUGUUGGAAGGGAGAGCUGAAGUGAAUGCAGCAAAGGAAAAUGGGGCAACAGCUUUGUUCAUAGCUGCUAUGAAUGACCACUUCAAAGUUGUGCAAGUGUUGCUUGAAGCUGGAGCUGACAAAGAUGCAGCUACUGAAGAUGGGGCGACUGCUUUGCGCGUUGCAUCCCGGAAUGGCCACUUUGACGUUGUUCGGCUGUUUCGUUAGGCAGCUGGCAAAA